AUGCCUCGAGUGCGCGCGAGCGGCGCCGCCGCCAAUGCUCCCGUAGCCGCGACUCCUCACAAAUCUGCUGGCAUCAAGAUCCCGCUCAACGACGAUCGCGAGGAAAAAGCAAAGCGCCUACAGUCCCGUCAAGCCUUCCAUGAGAUGCACAUGAACUCGCUCAAAGCCGCCGCGUCACCUGCCCGCAAACGCAAGUCUCUAGGCGCCGAGCUUGCCGAAGCUCCUCAGACUCCCACCGGAAAGGAAAGUCAAGAUGAAGCCUUCCAUGUCGGAGGAAGUGCUGUCACGCCUAUGAAGCGUGUUCCUAUCCUGGCAAACUUUGAGGAAUGGAUGAAGAUGGCCACCGACAACAAGAUCAACGCUACAAACUCGUGGAAUUUCGCUCUGAUCGACUACUUCCACGACAUGUCUCUGUUGAGAGAAGGCGACGGUGUCAACUUCCAAAAAGCCAGUUGCACCCUGGAUGGCUGCGUCAAAAUCUACACCAGUAGAGUCGACAGUGUCGCAACCGAGACCGGAAAGCUGUUGAGCGGUCUCGCUGACAGCAACAACAAGAAAAAGCGUGGCGACUCAGAUGACCAAGAGAACGAGGACGGCGAGGACGAAGAGGGUGAGGAUGGCACAAAGAAAAAGGCAAAGAAGAAGACACACCGCUCAGAGGCCACUCUCGCAACCUCAUUCGCCCAACUGCAGCUCAAGAAGAUGGAACUCGAAUUCUCCGUCGACCCUUUGUUCAAGAAAGCCUCGGCGGAUUUCGACGAAGGAGGCGCGAAAGGCCUAUUACUCAACCAUCUCUCCAUCGAUAACACUGGCAGAAUCGUUUUCGACAGCAGCGACGACACUCAAGACGACGAUGAAUCUCGAACCGACAGCAUGGAUGUGGGCGACGAGGAGAAGCCGGACGAGGAAGACAUUAAGGCUGCACUGCCGGCACCCAUCGACAUCUCUGGACUGGCCGCGCGAUUCUUUCCUGAUCUUUCGAAGCUGGACUCGCAGGAUAUCUGUCCUUCACUCAAAACAUUCGAACUCGGCGGUGGCAGCGCCACAAUGGAUCUGCCCUUCUUGAAAGCUCCCGAAGAUUGGCGCGCUCAAAAAGAAGAGGAAGAUCAUGAUGAUGCUCGAUCCGGGAUUGUGCUGGGCGAUGAUGAUGCCGUUGGCUUCGAUGACGAUGACGGUGCAUUUGGUGGCUUUGACAUUCCUAUCGAUGCUGGUUUCGGUGAAGGAGGUGAAGCUUGGGCCAAGGAAGCACAUGUCGAGCCUCAGCUCAGACCUCACGAUGAGGGCGCUGAUGUCGACGCCGGCGUGGGUGUCGAUAUGGAAGGUGGUGAGGUGGGUGGGUUCGACUCGAAUGGAAAUCAAUUCGGCGUCACCCUUGCACACCGCGGUGACGAGCACGAGAACAUCCUCAGCUAUUUCGAUCAAGCACUUCAGAAGAACUGGGCUGGUCCAGAGCACUGGAAAAUCAAGAAGAUCAAGGAUGCCGCAAAAGCAACGCCCGCAACCACAAAAAAGAAGGACAAAGAGCCAUUUGAAAUCGACUUCAUGAGUCCGAUGAACCAACAGCUUGCCGAUCUUCUCUACACACCAGCACCCUCGAACGCGACUAUCAGUCUGCCAAAGAAGGACUGGAAGAGCAAGACCCGCAAUCUAUUGCCCGAUGACAAACACUUUAGUUCGCGCGAUCUACUACGACUUUUCCUCAAACCCAAGGCCCGCAUGGGAUCACGAAAAUCAGCACAACAACAAGCUCGUGGAGGAGUCGAGCAGUUCCAACAUGGCGAUGUUGACGAGGCGUACUGGGCAAACGCUCAGGGGCUAGCCGAACCACAACCUAUCGACGAGGAAGGCGCACGAGGCGACUACGACGCCAAUUUCUUCCAAGACGAUGGCUUGGGUGUUGCAGCCGGCGCCGCAGACGACGAUGACGAUUUUGCAGAUGCGCAGGAGAUGUUGCCACCUGCUGAUGCUUUCGACGCUGCUCAGUCAGGGGUACCUAACAGUCUACCACCCAGCAGCCAAGAGACGGCCUUUGGAUCAAAUCUCAUCACACAAAGCAGACGCUUGCGACCGGAAUACGUACAAUAUGCACGUGUAGCCAAAAAGGUCGAUGUGCGACGACUAAAGGAAGAAAUGUGGCGAGGCAUCGGCUUCGAAGUCGAACCUUCCCAAACGCCCUCAAAAGCUCCACCACCUACAGUGGACAUAUCAGAACAAGGCACAUUCAAGUUCACGGACGUGAUGAACAAUCUGCGGCACGUGUAUCCUCAACAACAACUAUCAGACAUCAGCACGAGUUUCGGGUUCAUUUGUCUUUUGCAUCUUGCCAACGAAAAGGGCUUGGUUAUCGAAAACCAAGAGGGCUUUGAAGAAUUGGUGUGUAGGAAGGACGAUAGUUUCAAUGCUGCGGAUAAUGUUUAG